AGGACGCAGCUCGCGGACACUCUGCUCUCUGUCCGUUACCUGGCAACAACAUGUGGGCGCGAGCUGUGCUGUGCUGUGCGCUGCUGUCCGCGCUGUGUCCGGCGGGGCGGACGGAAGCCGAGAGGCGCGAGAGAGACGUGGAAGACUACAACUACUCCAACUCCAACAGACUGCUCGGUGCUCUGCAUGAAGUGUUGGAGAGACUACAGACAAAGAGGAUUAAUCCCUGGGAGAAAAAGUACGGACAAGUUCCCUCUUGCGACCUCGGGGAACACUGCGCCGUGAGGAAAGGAUCUCGUAUCGGGAAGAUGUGCGACUGUCCUCGGGGAGCUUUCUGCAACUUCAUCCUGCUGAAGUGCUUAUGAGCCAA